AUGGGGCAGGUCGUGGAUUACCUGGCUUUGCCUAACUACUGGUUACGAUUUACGAUUGCUAAACGCCAGAGAGUGGAGGAAGAAACGGCGACAGACAGAAGGAGGUUUGUGAGAGAGACAGUGAGAGACAGAGGGCGGAGAGAGGCAGUGACAGAGAGGGCGGAGAGAGGCAGCGACAGCGGGGAGAGACAGAGAGGGCGGAGAGACGCAGUGACAGAGAGGGCGGAGAGAGGCAGUGUGAGCGGGGAGAGACAGAGAGGGCGGAGAGAGGCAGUGACAGAGAGGGCGGAGAGAGGCAGCGACAGCGGGGAGAGACAGAGAGGGCGGAGAGAGACAGAGAGGGCGGAGACAGGCAGUGUGAGCGGGGAGAGACAGAGAGGGCGGAGAGAGUGGGGAGUGACAGAGAGGGCGGAGAGAGUGGGGAGUGACAGAGAGGGCGGAGAGAAGCAGUGA